UGCUCUAAUAAAGCGGGAGGGGCGGCGGCGUGGGGGGAGCAGAUGCCGCUGGCUGGGAGCGGGAGCCGGGCGCAAGCAGAGCGCAGCCGCAAGCGAGGCGCGGGGGAGGCGAGUCGGUGCCGGAGCCGGAGCCCGAGCAGCAGCAGCUAGUGUCGCCGGAGAGCACCCAGGCGCAGCCGGAGCCGAAGCCGCGAUGGCCGUGGCCGUGGGAAGACCGUCUAAUGAAGAGCUUCGAAACUUGUCCCUUUCUGGCCAUGUUGGAUUUGACAGCCUCCCUGACCAGCUGGUCAACAAAUCUACUUCUCAAGGAUUCUGUUUCAACAUCCUGUGUGUUGGUGAGACAGGCAUUGGCAAGUCCACGUUAAUGGACACUUUAUUCAACACCAAAUUUGAAAGUGACCCAGCUACUCACAAUGAACCAGGUGUCCGGUUAAAAGCCAGAAGUUAUGAGCUUCAGGAAAGCAAUGUACGGCUGAAAUUAACCAUCGUUGACACUGUGGGAUUUGGAGACCAGAUAAAUAAAGAUGACAGUGCUGCUGGGUGGUGUUGCCGGAUGGAUACCCCAGGUUCUGCUCAGCACAACUGGUCUCAGCCAAUAAACAACAGGCCAAGCUAUAAGCCAAUAGUGGAAUAUAUUGAUGCCCAAUUUGAAGCCUACCUGCAAGAGGAAUUGAAGAUCAAACGUUCUCUCUUCAAUUAUCACGACACAAGGAUCCACGCAUGCCUCUACUUCAUUGCCCCAACUGGACAUUCGCUGAAGUCCCUGGACCUGGUCACCAUGAAAAAGCUGGACAGCAAGGUGAACAUCAUUCCAAUAAUUGCAAAAGCUGACACCAUUGCCAAGAACGAAUUGCACAAAUUCAAGAGUAAGAUCAUGAGUGAACUAGUCAGCAAUGGUGUCCAGAUAUAUCAGUUUCCCACAGAUGAAGAAACAGUGGCAGAGAUUAAUGCAACAAUGAGUGUCCAUCUCCCAUUUGCAGUGGUUGGCAGCACUGAAGAGGUGAAGAUCGGCAACAAGAUGGCAAAGGCCAGGCAGUACCCUUGGGGUGUAGUGCAGGUUGAAAAUGAAAACCAUUGUGAUUUUGUGAAACUUCGGGAGAUGCUGAUCCGUGUGAACAUGGAAGACUUGCGAGAACAGACUCACACCCGCCACUAUGAAUUGUAUCGUCGCUGUAAGCUCGAGGAGAUGGGGUUCAAGGACACUGAUCCUGACAGCAAGCCCUUCAGUCUUCAGGAGACAUACGAAGCAAAAAGGAAUGAAUUCCUUGGAGAACUUCAGAAGAAAGAAGAAGAAAUGAGACAAAUGUUUGUCAUGAGAGUGAAGGAGAAAGAAGCUGAACUUAAAGAGGCAGAGAAAGAGCUUCACGAGAAGUUUGACCUCCUAAAGCGGACACACCAAGAAGAGAAGAAGAAAGUGGAAGACAAGAAGAAGGAGCUCGAGGAGGAGGUGAAUAAUUUCCAGAAGAAGAAAGCAGCAGCUCAGUUACUACAGUCCCAGGCACAGCAAUCUGGGGCCCAGCAAACCAAGAAAGACAAGGAUAAGAAAAAUGCAAGCUUCACAUAAAGCCUGGCAAGCCAAGGAUGUUCCCGCAUUCACCUGCUUUUGCAGUAAUAUUGUGUCUCUGCCAUCUGUGUCCUUUUAUUUUACUAUAUAUAUUAUUAUUAUUUUUGGUUUUCCCUUCCCCAAAUGCCAAUAACGAUUAACUCAUCGUGCUGAAUGUUGCUGGGUGGCGGAAAAUGAUAGAACGAGGGAAUGACAGCAAAGGCUAUGUGCAGCUGGACUUUGUUACUGGAAAGUAAAUGAUUUGCCUUUUACGCUUGUUCAGAAUGGCAGCAGUAAGCAUGCCUGUCACUUGUAUGUUGCUUUGGACUGAGGAAAGGAGGGUAAAAUGCUACAUGUACGUCUGACAUGAAAACUCACCGCCUCAGCAACUGAACUAAAAACCUGAAUACCCAUGACAACAACUUGCAUUUUCGCAAUUAUUCAUCUCCAUGGUUGCAAAAUCCCUGAACUUACGCUGUCACUUCUCCACACCUGCCCCAAAUCAAGGUAGAUUUGUGUGUGGGCAGAACAGUGGGUGAGCAUUAUGUGACCUUUACACUUGGCGUUAAUUGCUUUCACUUUAAUCAAUAACAUUAUUUGGCCUGGGCUUGUAGGUCUUUUCGGACUGACCAUCUCCUCUUAUAAUUUUAACUGCAUCUGAACCCCCAUUUCAAAUCCUGGCCAAGUAGGAGAGAACUGCCCUAAAAGGACUAUGAUUAUGUUCACUUUAACUAGUGCAACCUUGAUCCUUUCACAGAUAGAGAUCUCACACAACGUUGCUUGGUAUAAGAACCUCCUAGCAAGGAUAAUAGUUUUCCACAACCUACCCACUACAAGGAAUCUUUCAUCAACAGACCUGAAUUUGCUCUCGGUAGGUUGAGGGAAGAGGACCUUUGUGACUGAUUUUGGGAUAUCAGUACAACUUCUAAUAAAAUUUCCCGUAAGCACAAGAUAAAAAUUUCCAGAAAUUUUUCACAUGGGAAGCUCAAGCACACCUUUGAGGGGAUUCUGUCAUUUAAGGUAAAACAGGAAGGAACACAGGACAAACCCAUGAGUCAAAAAAGUAGAAAUUCAGCUUCGCAUCCAGCUUCCUUCCUUAGUUCCCUUUCAAUAUUUGGCAGUAAAGAGAAGAAGAAAUGGAACAGCUAAGCUUUCAAACCCAGUUGUCCUGAGGGAAUUUUCUUCACCUUUUCCUUCACCGGAAACCCUGGUGGCGUAGUUAUUAAGACCUACGGCUGCUAACCAAAAGGUUGGCAGUUCGAAUCCACCAGGUACUCCUUGGGGCAGUUAUACUCUGUCCUAUAGGGUGGCUAUGAGUCUGAAUCAGCUCAACGGCAAUGGGUUUUUUGGGGCCCCUUCACCACAAUUAGCUUCACCUGUUCUUUGUGUCCAAGGCCAAUUGAGAUGAAGCAUCAGAGCUUCAUCAACAAAGAAUAGGACCGACCUACACAUCAUGAUGUAUAUUACAUGCCUAAUUUGUAUGGAAAAGGGCAUAUCUCUUUAAUCCUUUUUCUGUACCCUUCCUUUCUGAUGUUUGUCCUUUUAUCUUCUUGGUUUUCUGUCUCUGCUAACAAGAUCCUCCUAGCUUUCUCUCUUAACUCUGCCUUCACCUGUUCCCCAUGCCCUCCCACCCACCAUGCUCACACUUUUUUUUUAAUGAAUAAGUUUCUAGUAAAUUCCAACAAAGUUUUUUUUUUUUUUUAAUUUCUCUUCAUCCUCACCCAUACUCUUAUAAAUAGAUUUAGGUUUAAUUAGGCAAAGUAAGGAAAUCCGUUUCAUUGAAGCCUAAACUGGGAUAGAAGCUGCAAAUGAGAAACAGCAGCAGUAGUGGUAUAAAGACAGAUUUGAGAGCUACUGGGCCAAAAUUAUUUUUUUGUUUGUUUUAUGAUUUUAGUAUGAAGCUGGGUAUGGAGUGGCCAAAUAUUAAAUGGCAUGCUGAUUCUAACCAUGGGCUGAAUUUGCUCAUCUGCUGUGCACUAGGCAAAAGCUUGAAUAUUUGUGUUGUGUGCUUGUUCCAACUACUGCUUGUGUGAGCAUUUUUGUGCCUUGCAAUAGAAAAUACAGUUUUAAAUUGUUUCUUGCAUCACUAAAGCCUUUUUAAAAUGAGCCUAGCAGUGAAAGGCAUCCAACUGACUUUUUGAUUCCAAGGUUAUUGAUUGAUUGGAUUGGGUUUUUUUUUUUCUUCUUCUUUUUUGCAUUACAUUUUUAUGACAAAAUCAAUCUUAUAGAGAGUCAGGGAAUAAAAAGCCAAAAGAAAGAUAUAGAAGCUUUUUCCUUUUUUAGUGUAUUGCUUCUCAACUUUUUCUACCACUCCUCCCCAGCCCUAUUUAGUUUGUUAUUGCUGCUCUUUUUCUUUCUGUAUCUAUGCCUUUUUUCACAGUAGUCCUUGGCUCUGCACGGAAUAAAUGAUACCCUCAAAUCUAA